CAGGGUAAACUACCCAUCGCUCCGCCUCUUCGUAAUGACUACAAACUAUCGAAGAGUUUCAGAUACAUGUAAGAGACACCGGCGAGACAGCAGCACAAUGGAGGAAUCUAACUGCAUAACAAACCAGAAAACUGUCGUUGCAGUUGUGGGCGGUGGUUUGGUCGGUUCCCUCAACGCCUGCUUCUUUGCCAAAAGAGGUUUCCAUGUGGAAGUCUUUGAAAGUAGAGGAGAUAUUCGCUGUGCCAAAAAAGUGAAGGGGAGAAGCAUCAACCUUGCAUUGUCCCAUAGAGGGCGGCAAGCAUUAAAGCAUGUUGGAAUAGAAGAAAAGAUUGUCUCCAAAGGAAUUCCCAUGCAUGCAAGAAUGAUCCAUUCACUGAGUGGGAAACAGACCCCAAUUCCUUAUGGCAAGAAAGGCCAGUAUAUCCUCUCUAUAGACAGAGCAAAUUUGAACAAAGAGCUUCUAACAGUGGCCGAGGCAUAUCCAAAUACAAAGCUGAACUUUGACCACAAACUGCAGGACUGGAGCCCAGAAACAGGGCAAAUGACCUUCAUCAGGGCUGAUGGAGCCAAGGAUCAAAUCGAGGCGGACCUCAUCGUAGGCUGUGAUGGAGCUUUCUCAGCCGUUCGCAAGCAGUUCCUGCGUCGCAGCCGCUUCAACUACAGCCAGACAUACAUCCCUGACGGCUACAUGGAGCUCACCAUGCCACCUGUGAAUGGAGAGUUUGCCAUGGAGCCUAACUAUCUCCACAUCUGGCCACGAAAUGCCUUCAUGAUGAUUUCCCUGCCAAACCUGGACAAGACAUUUACCUGUACACUCUUCAUGCCUUUUGAGAAUUUUGAAAAAAUCACCACGGGUGAUGAAGUCAUUGAGUUUUUCCAGGAAUACUUCCCUGAUGCCACACCGCUAAUAGGCGUCGAUGCCCUCAAGAGGGACUUUUUCUGCUUGCCUGCACAGGCCAUGGUGUCUGUUAAGUGUUCUCCAUAUCACAUUGGUGAUAAGUGCGUCCUCAUGGGUGAUGCAGCUCAUGCCGUGGUGCCAUUCUACGGGCAGGGAAUGAAUGCCGGCUUUGAGGACUGCAUUGUGUUUGAUGAGAUAAUGAAUGAGUUCAGUGAGGAUCUGGGUGCGGUUCUGCCUGAGUACAGUAGAGUUCGAGUUCCAGACGACCAAGCCAUCGCUGACCUGGCCAUGUACAAUUACAUCGAAAUGCGAGCACACGUCAACUCCAAAUGGUUCCUCUUCAGAAAACACGUUGAUAACUUUCUUCACAUGUUAAUGCCAAACACUAUAGUUCCCCUGUACACAAUGGUCACAUUCACAAGAACAAGGUACCACAAAGCCGUGGAGCACUGGCAGUGGCAAAACAAAGUGAUAAACCAAGUCCUGAUGCUCACAGCUGUAGGAGCUACUGUAGCGGGCUCAUGUCUGCUUAUCAAACGCCGCACUGACGUCAUUAAGAUGGGCCUGUCAGCUGAGGAGAUGUGGAACAGGAUUUUAGCCCUGAAGACCUUCUGAACACCUGACUUAAAUGAUAUGACAAACAAGUGUGAAGUCUGGAAUAAACCACUCUUGACAAACAGGUUUUCUUAGGAAUGGAAUGGAAAUGGAAUAAAUAGUUUACACCUUAUUAAUUUCUUAAUAUUUUUAGUCACUCAUGAGUUUAUUUUAUGUCUUAAUCUUAUAAAUGAGGGAUAAUAAUUUGUUUAAACUUCAAAAAUAAAGUUCAUGCAAAGAUGCUA